AUGGCCCCCGCCAACACCCUCCCCGCCUGGGCUGAGCUUCAGGCUCAUCGCGACACCGUUGGCAAGUCGUUUGUCCUCAAGGAGGCCUUUGCCACCGACCCCGAGCGCUUCUCCCGUUUCACCCGUACCUUCGAGGCCGCCGGCGUCAGCUCCGACAUCCUCUUCGACUUCAGCAAGAACUUCCUCACCGAUGAGACCCUCGACCUCCUCGUCAAGCUCGCCGAGCAGGCCGGCGUUGAGAAGAAGCGCGAUGCCAUGUUCGCCGGCGAGAAGAUCAACUUCACCGAGGACCGUGCCGUCUACCACACUGCCCUGAGGAACGUUGGCGGCUGGGACAUGAAGGUUGACGGCGUUGACGUCAUGAAUGCUGAUGGCGGCGUCAACUCGGUCCUUGAGCACAUGAAGGAGUUCUCCGAGCAGGUCCGCAGCGGCGAGUGGAAGGGCUUCACCGGAAAGAAGCUCACCAACAUUGUCAAUGUCGGCAUUGGCGGUUCUGAUCUCGGCCCCGUCAUGGUCACUGAGGCCCUCAAGUACUACGGUGCUGAUGACAUGACUCUGCACUUUGUGUCCAACAUUGACGGAACUCACAUGGCCGAGGCCCUCAAGGCUUCUGACCCCGAGACCACCCUCUUCCUCGUUGCCUCCAAGACCUUUACCACUGCCGAGACCACCACCAACGCCAACACUGCCAAGACCUGGUUCCUCGAGAAGACUGAUGGCAAGGGCGAGAUCGCCAAGCACUUUGUUGCCCUGUCCACCAACGAGACUGAGGUGACCAAGUUUGGCAUUGACAGCAAGAACAUGUUUGGCUUUGAGAGCUGGGUUGGUGGCCGUUACUCCGUCUGGAGCGCCAUUGGCCUGAGUGUUGCCCUCUACGUUGGCUACGACAACUUCCACAAGUUCCUGAGCGGUGCCCAUGCCAUGGACAAGCACUUCCGAGAGACUCCUCUCAAGGAGAACAUUCCCCUUCUUGGUGGUCUCCUCAGUGUGUGGUACUCUGAUUUCUUCCAGGCUCAGACUCACCUGGUUGCUCCUUUUGACCAGUACCUUCACCGAUUCCCCGCCUACCUCCAGCAGCUCUCCAUGGAGUCCAACGGCAAGACCAUCACCUCCGAUGGUUCCUCAGCCAAGUACACCACUGGCCCCAUCGUCUUCGGAGAGCCCUGCACCAACGCCCAGCACUCCUUCUUCCAGCUUGUCCACCAGGGUACCAAGCUCAUCCCCACUGACUUCAUCCUGGCUGCCCAGUCGCACAACCCCAUCACCGGCAACCUGCACCAGAAGAUGCUUGCCUCCAACUACUUUGCCCAGGCCGAGGCUCUCAUGGUUGGCAAGACCGAUGAGGAGGUCCGCGCUGAGGGUGCCCCCGAGAACCUGGUCCCUCACAAGCGAUUCCUCGGUAACCGGCCCACCACCUCUAUCCUGGUCGGCGGUACCAUUGGCCCCGCUGAGCUGGGUGCUCUGAUUGUCUACUACGAGCAUCUGACCUUCACUGAGGGUGCCAUCUGGGACGUCAACAGCUUCGACCAGUGGGGUGUCGAGCUGGGCAAGGUGCUGGCCAAGAAGAUCCUUCACGAGCUUGAUGAGGCUGGUAACGGUGAGGGCCACGACGCGUCCACAGGCGGUCUCAUUGGCGCUUUCAAGAAGUACGCCAAGAUUUAA